CCCCAUACAAUAAUCGGCGUAAUGUGGAAAUGAAUGCACUGCUCUGCUAUCUCCACUGCUCGCAGGGUGCGAUAGAAGGGUUUCGAUAAUAUAACCACAGCGCCUAGCGGACAUCGUGUGCGCGCAGUUUCACAUCGUGUGACGUUGCUAUACACGUGCAACCACUGCUGUGCGGGCCUGCCAAGCUCUACACGUCUCAGGGCCAGUCUGUGUUAUGACAAUUUGUUAUGCGCGUAAUACCUGUUUGAUCGACAGUGAAGCCAUCUACAACAAAGGCCAAGGCUGAUUGUCUACACCUGAUUUCUCCGGAAUUUACCGGCUGCCUCUUUUUACAUUCGGGCAAGCGCAUAAGGGUUUCUGAACAAAAUUCAAUUUUCUGCAGGAGGCCUUACACGCGAGGCGUGAUCAAAUACAGACUCCUCAUUAUCUUGUUCGGACAUAGUACGUGGACAGAAGGAAUCAGCCCAGCUACCAGCUCGCGUGGUGAUGCAUCUGAUAUGUUAUUCUCGUUAAUUAACUCGGAAUUUCUCCAGCAACCCUCCCCCCACCCGCGUCACCGAACCUCCUCACCGUUUACACUUUCUUAUGGCGCGUGUGGUGUUCGCGUGGUGUCAUCCGAGUCACGAAGCAAUCUCGGACCCCUUGUCCUUAAACGUGCUCAGGGGACCUGCCACUGAUCCGUUGUAGUCCUUUCAUCCACUAUUUCAUACCGUUGCGUCAACUGGGAUAGUCCCGUCUCUUUACACCCAGGCUUAGUCCCCCCCCCCUCGGAUUUACUUGUUAUUCCUCGUUGUCGUCUUCAUCAUCCCGUGGAUUAACUCGGUGGGUCUUAACGGUGUGUGGCGGCGCCCGGUCGGGGGGAGUCCCUAUAUAACCGCCUUAUUCUGAGCCGACAGAUAUGGGCGACACUGGCGCUGGAUUUGUUGUAGGCGUGGUGUUUGGUUCUGCUGCUGCUUUUGGCUUCGUAGCUGCCUGCUUGUACUCAGCAUACAAGGCCAUCAGGGACCGUAUGCGCAUCGCCAAGAAGCAGGCGGAGAAACGAGAGCAGCAGCUGCUAGCCAUCAGUGAGCAGACCGCGGCCACGGCACCGCCUGACAUCCAGGAGCCUCCCACCCGGACCUCGCGCUCCCUCAGUACCCCCGGACUCCUGCUGGAACAGCGGCGACCCUCUGCCUUCGCCCCUCCCCCACAAGCCAUGGAGAGGCGUUGGACCCGAGCAGGACUGGAGUACCGCCACGAGGGAGGGGUGGUGCACAUCCAUAAGACUGACGACCCGGACAGUGGUGACCAGUCUGCCGCGGACAGUGCAGAGGACUGCAACAAGGAAUCCAACAUCCCCUACAAGCGGCACAUCGACAGCGGCGAUCCGCCCACGUCUUCACCCAGGGGCAAGACAACCCCAGGCACCAAAACCAAGAAGCUUCCAGCUGUCCCGCCCCCGCAAGUCCAGAUUCAAGUUUCGUUGACCACACAGAGCGACUCCAACGGUGACACAACGCCAAUCGAAGAGGUGACGGUUACGCCCAAGCCUGUGUCUGUGCGCACCUCCGGAGAUGGGUCCCGGACUCAAACCAUCACUGAGAUAUCAAGUAACGAAGCAAGCGGUAACGCGGGAAAAGCCAAGGAUGCGGCCGACUGGGUUUAAUAGUGGAUGCGGUUUCGUUCUUGGUAGGAUGAUAAAGCUGUGCAUUAAGCCAAUUCACUUAAGACUGGAAAAACUAUUGAACUGUUACUCAAAGCUCUCGUCAAUCAGUCUCGCUGGAAACGACAGCUUUGUGCCCUAUUGGCUUUGAUGUGAGCAAGCCUUUUGCGGUUUCAAGAGCAGAAACUAUAUCGAACGAAUCCCUUUGAUUUUGACCCGCCAUGUGAUUUAGCCUUCAUCAAACCAGAUUGCCGUGCCCUCCGUUUCAGCCUGAAGAAAAAUUGACUUGGAAUGAGGAUACGGAGAAAAACGAGUUGUCUGGGACGGAUACAAAUCAUGUCUGCAUAAUUGCGGAUGAAAGAGUGGUUAUCAAAUAAAUAAAACUUAAUAAGCACCUAGAGAGACACACAUGGCUCUUCUUGGCAGCAUAUACUUGUACAAUUAGGCCUGUCUGUCUGACAUUGUAGAUGUAUACAUUCUUACACUAACGUUUGCUUUUGGUAGUUCGUAUUAUAGGGUAAUUAAUGUAAUCCACAAUCGUGCUUGAGAGGUUGGUUAGUUUCCAGUGUCAACAUUUCGUUUGUGUGUUUUUCUUUAAUUGUAAUUGUGCUCAUUGAUCAUUCCACUUCAUAGAGCAAAACAAACGCAAAGCUUAAAUGUAUUCUCCGUGUUUUCAUCAUUCUAAUGUCAAAGCCGACGCCUUAUCAUAUAACAUAUCAGAAAUGGAACUGGAAAUUGUGUGUCGUGCAAAACUUCAGCAGCCAUGAAUUCAGUACUCAGAUUUUCCCCUCUCAAAAUACUAGAGUUUCUUGGACAGCGUUUCAUUUUGAUAUAAACUGUCAUUUCAACGUGUUGUUGAUUUAAGCAUUAGUCUGUGACUGUUUUAACUAAAGACACACGACUUGUAUUUUGCAUGAACUAUUUUAAUACUUCGGAAUGAUUUCUGUUGCAUCGUACCGGUAAGUGUUCAAAGUGAAACGAUGUUAAAAUUUUCGGAGCAUCUCUUAUUUAUGAGUGGAGUCAGUCGCACGGCGCACGUGCGACAAAACGACCGUACCAUGAACUACGAUCAAGCACGUCCGUAUAUGGCGUCCCAUUAAUAUUACAUGGUGAUUCGCCGGAGCCUUAACAUUACACUGUAGCGAACUGAUAACGUCGUAUGCAUGUAUCAUGAGGUAGGAACCAUCGUACGUGGACUAUCAAUGAGACUAAUGAAGAAGCCAUGUGUUGAUUUUGAUGCAGUUGUCUCCUUGGCAGCCUGCAAUUUAUACGCAGGGCAGCCGACACUCCGACCAGACAUGUAGUAAUGUCAAAUCCUUUCUGUAAAUCAAAAACCCGGAUCCAGUUUCGAACACUUUUUCAACGGUAGUCUAAAUUGUCUAGUCAGCAAAGUGAUCUGGGAGGGGGCAUUAGGGGUUAGCGUCGAAUUCAAUUCUCACGAGAAUCCACCAUCGAGGAGACAAGAAGAGUAGUGUUCGGAGCCUAAACCCGACUCAUUUACAAAAAUGAAUGACGUGGGUUACCACGUCGACAUGGAAAUCAAGCAUAAAUUGCGUAUUCCUUGGUGCAAGGGGUUUGUGUUGAAUUAUAGGCCUAUACAUUUUACUGUACAUGUACAACCGAAAUAGUGAGAAAGGUGCCUGGCUUUUCGCUUUGUCGUAUGAGCAACAGAUAUGCCUGACGUAAAAAUACCAAGAGUUAGAAUGCUGUGACUUCCUCAGCACAUGCCCAUACCCGUCAAAAUUGAAUUUUGGACUGUUGUCUGAAAGGAUUACUUGCCCUUUAACGAAAAUAAAAAUGAAGUCCAUUCUGGAGAGUUUACUUUGCAUUAGCCUUAAUUGCAUAAUAAUUAUAUAGGGCCUACACCGGUGAAAAGAGCAAUAAAUUCAGGACUUGAUUUACUUUAAGGCUAGCUUAAAUUUAUUAGGCCUGUUAAAAGUAGGAUUUUCCAUCAAGACACAACAUGAAUCGAAACUUAUUUAAUGUUUUAUUUCUGAGAAAACAGCGUAGCUAGGUCAGGUCAAAUUACACGGUCCUGUCACGGAAAUGGACUCUUGGUAUUAUGCAUGAAUCUCACGUACACUACGCUGCUUUACCGACUCGAGUAUAUUUUGUUCCACUUAUAGACACAGCUGUCCUGCGUAUUCAAGGCGCAAUCCGCCGCGCUAAGUACCCCUUUACGGCUUGCUUCAGAGUCGAUCCACGCCUCGUCGACGUGUCAUUUACAGUGGAAAUCGAUUCAUGUGAACUCAUUCUCCAGUCACUGUUGCUAUGACACGUCGGUGACUCAUAGAUUUGGCCAGAGAGCCGCAGCUAUUGUCGCAGCUAUGUUUUGCAUACUGUGUGAACGCAGAGUUUUCGCUCACGAUGGCAUCUUUAUUAUGAUUCGUUUGUGAUUUGUGCAUGCAUAUUUUAUGGAGGCCAUUAUUCAGUCCAGCACUGUGAAACAGUUUAGCCAUUAACUUCUGUCAGAGUAUUGAUUUGUUAAAAAUUAUAAUCAACAGUUGAUUGAUGAAAUAUUAUGCAAACUUCGAAUACUUUAUAAUCCAGCAUCAAAGGGACACCGUUUACAUCAUGUCUCCGCGCUAUCUUUGUCAACACACACGGAAAUUAUCACAACGCCCUGAGCAGAAUCAGAAAGUGACUGAUGGUGUACAUCCUUUGAGCUUUAAAAUUCCUUGUUAAAUCAGGAGUUUGCUUCCCUUAGUAGAGAGCUGUGUAGGAAUAUCAUCUUUCUUGCAGGCAUCUGAGCAAUCUUGGUCAGCCGAAAUAUUGAAUUUACUACACCGGCCGUCUAAACUCAAUCAAAUUUCGAUUGUUUUCGCUCGAAUGCUGGGUAAACAACCUAUGUGGUCAAUAAAACAGAGCUGCCUCGAUGAAAUGGCCCCCUUGAUGGUUGGGGAAAAAAUCCCCAAGGAGCAAGGGCGGUGAGUGUGAUUGCCCAUAUUCGGGGUCCGUAGUGUACGGUCAAUGGUCUCUCUUUGGCCAGUGAUGCAUGGUGUCCGCUGUUAGCUUGCCCGCUGGGCUGUGCUGAACCCAAGUGAAAAUGCACUUGAUGCGACGGAUGCUUUCCUGGGAACAUCAGUGCAUUCGUGCAUACAGUGUGUGUAAUAACCUCGGAAAUACCUGGAGAAUCAUUGAAACUGAGCUUUGAACCGGGCUUGGACUCGAAAUUACACCCGUCAUUCGAUUGAAAAUUGUGAUUUAUUGAAAUAAAAACCGAAACAAAUAUCCCUUACUGUGUUAAAUUGCAAAACAUUUUUUCUUGACGGUGAGGUCAGUGAUGUAAAGACUGUUAAUUUUUUUAAGGCCAAGCUUUUGCAAGCUUUUUUUUUAAAUUUAAACAAGUGUUUGUAUAUUGGGCAAAAUUGUGUCUGUUCGGUAAUUUCAGAUGUAACUAACAUUCAAGAUCAUUCCAACAAGUAGGCAACAGCUGUUAUAUAAAUAUAUUCACAGAUCGACUAAAGACGGGGAAAUAAAGAAUAUAAAUGCCAUUUGCAACUUAACAUGUUUGCAGUGGGAAUGCUAGUUAAUUGUAAAAUUCAAAAUCAAAUUUGUGUCCAGUAUUCUGUUGAUUUAGUGUGACAUGUGAUAUAUUUCACUGACAUUUCUUCUUGAUGCUAUUUAUGUAUUGUAGGGGUGAACUGUCCCUUGUAUAUAGAUUUAUUUCUAAUGUACAUGUAUGUACAUACUUGUUUUUCUCCAUCAUCGAACAGUUAUUGGUUGAAUUGUAAGUGCAAUACCGUUUUAUUGAUGCAUAAUGGAAAAUAAACUGUAAGAAUUUAAUAAGUAUGAACCUCUGUAAAACAGUAUACAAUCUUCCAUUUGGGGUCUAUGUCCGACUUACUUAAGUAAUUUGAAUUUAGCAAAAUCUGGCAAGAUGUAGGGAUACAUAAUUUAAAGCCGUUGCUUUAUUGCCAAUUUUGACUAUUAGGCCUAGACUGUGCAAGAAAGGUGAAUUUUGUACCUAAGGAGCAGCUAGUGACUACAUGCAAAACUGAACGUAGCAUAAGAACUUCUCAUUUUUAUAUUCGAAGCAAAAUUUCGCCGUCGUGUCCAAUUGCAACUGUAAUAUAAUGUUAAUAGUUUUGAAUAGGGUACGCGAAGACUCUUCCAAAAUACUGUAUGUAUUUUGACAGACCAUUAGAAAUGGUGUCGACACAAGAUGUGCACAUGAAAAAGUGGGUUUUAUUUAAGUAAAUAACAACAUCAUCAUCAUCAACAAUAAAAACCUAUAUGCAUUGAUUACAUCCACAUUGGUUACAGUGUCAGAUCACAGUGUGCAAAAUGGUGACUUAGCAAGCAACAUUGGACUGCUAUUGCUACCCGCACUCACACCUUAUCUAAGGUUUCUUAGGCGUCUCGCAGUAAAAAACGAAUGAUGUAGUAGUUGUGCUUGCCAGUGGCGUAAAUCCGUGUUGGAAAGUGGCGGGUGGGGUGGGGCUGACACCAUAUGACUCUAUAUAGAGGUCGAUGUUCAUGAUAUU